AGGCAUUGCGACAAGAGUCAUACAGCAAGCUUCAUAUAUCAUGAGGUGCAUGCGGAGCCUGGCCGAGCUGAACAAAUAAUGAGAAUGACAUAGUAAAACCAGGACCAGUAAAUGUCGAUAAGGAUUUGAAUAGACAGCAAGUAUGUCUCCACGAAUGGAUGAUGUUAUGAAGCUGUGUUGUGAGUUGUCCGCCAAUCAGCAAGUUAAGACCACAGUAAAAGGUUCUGGGAAAGGAGCAGCAGCAGCUGGGGCGCUGGCCUUUGCUGGAGGAUUGGUUGGGGGUCCUCUCGGCAUAGCUGUAGGAGGGGCUGCUGGAGGCCUUCUGGGCUGCUGGCUGACCAGUGGUCAAUUCAAACCACUUCCACAGAUCAUAAUGGAGCUCAGCCCUCAGGAAAAGCAGAAGCUUUAUGAUGAUCUCAUGGAAAUCCUGGGAGACAUUCAGUGGACUGAUUUGGCUCAGCUGAUUGCUCUAGUCAUGGGCAACGCAACUCUGAAGCAGCAGCUUACGGCUGCUCUUCUUGGAUACAUCACCAAGGAGCUCCAGGCAGAGGUGCACUAUGUUGAUUAGUCGCUUUCAAUAUUGUGACACAGAAGCCUGAUUGCAGAGGAGGAUGUUCUCUGAUGAGUGUGAACUGCUUUUUGACACUUAAAAGAUUCUUAAUUAAAUUCUGUAUGAUAUAAAUGUUAAAUAUGUCGAUGAAAACACCUGUAUGGCUGGGUAAUUUAUUUUGAUAAGUGCAAUUAUUACUUAUUUAUUGUAUCAUUUAUUCUGUCUUUAACUGCACCGAUCAUCAAGUCUGGCUUUAAGUCAUAGUGAAUUUUGGGUUUCAUGGAGUUGUGCAUUUACUCUGUUUUUGUCCAGUCUACCAUCUUAUUUACAUAAGAAGGAUUGUGAACUGACUAAGCCAAAAUUCUUCUGUGUAAUAUAAAGAUUUGAUAUAAUUACAUCAAUUACCAGCCUUUUUACAUUUUAGCAGAUUUGCCAGCAACUGUAUACAGCGUAUUGUACACUUUGAAUAAAAAAUAAAACCAGUGUGGACUUGGCAUUUGGCAUAGCAGUCUUCAUUCCUUGGCAUCGAAUCCAUCUGGGCAUUAACAUUGUAGCUCUGUCUUUUAUUAAACUUAGUACUAACACACUUAAGCUAGCAUGCUGGGGUUGGCAUAGGAUUCUAGUAAUCUGAAGGUCUGUGAUUUUAUCCUAGCUCUUCCAGUCUGUAUGUUGAAGGGUCUUUGGGCAAGAUACUGAACCCUAAGCUGCUCUUAGUGCAUCCAUGAGCAUUUGUGUGAGUGUGGUGUGUGCGUGCUUAUUAUUCACAUGAAAGUGCCCGAAGGCAUAAGACACAUAGACUAUAGAAUGUGUGAAUAAGUGCAUAUAGCAUGUGGAGUAAUGGUUCAAGUGUUCAAAAAGACAUCCAUUUAACUUCCAUUUUAUUGUGAUUCUGCUCUAUUGUAUAGACAUAUACCUUCUCCAUUAACCUUUUAUCAGCCUGAAUGAAGAAUAGCCUUUAAGAAAGUGCCUCCAGACAUCGUUAAUAAGAGAGUUGGCUGUCAGAUAAUUAAAUGUAUGUACAGGUUAAAAUUCACACUGGUGUAUCAAGUUAUUUUUUAAGCAUAUGUAUUUUUAAAUAUAGUGUUAUACACCUGUUGUGGGUGUUUUGGUUCUGUAUUUUACAUGGUUUCAUUCCUGCUUUAGUCAUUUCUGAUAAAAACUUAAUUCUGGUCUAUUUGUCUUUGCUUUUCUACUGUUGUGUCAUUGGCCCAAUAAUAAAGUGGUGAAAAAUGGUUUGUGUAAGUAGAUUAAGUUCUUUAUAAGAUUCAGUAUUAACGUGUAAUUGCUUUAUGAUAUCAACAUAAUGAACUGAAAAAAUACCCCAGUUAAGAUUGAAAAAAAAGAUCCAUGAUCCCAAUAAUACAGUUGGAUAUAAUAUUCUUUAUUAGUAAAUACACAACCCAGAUUCUCUCAGGGAGCCAUCAGAAAAUACAUAUUACAGAGAGGAACUGAGACAGAGCUCCUGUAUUUAUCCCACCACCACUGUUUCAUCAUCUUGGAAUUCAUAGUAGGGAACCUCUAGGUUAAGGGGAGCGGGUCCCUUCCUGAUUCUUCCUGAAGCAUCAUAGUGAGAGCCAUGGCACGGACAGUAGUAGCCUCCGUACUCUCCGGCAUUAGCGAUGGGCACACAACCCAGAUGGGUGCACACACCAA